AUGGGCUCGGACUGGAGCAGCGCCGAGGAGCGGGAGCCCCUCUUGCCGCCGCCGCCGCCGCCCGCCUUCCCCGCGCGCCCCCACCAUGCCCAGCUGCGGAGGCCGGCGGCGGGUGCCCCGCAAGUGGUGCCCCGCGGCCGAGCGCUGCCGCCGGCAGGGCCCCCGCGCACAGUGCCCGUGCUGGGCCGCGUCUACGGGCGCCGCUGGCUGGUGCUGCUGCUCUUCUCGCUGCUGAGCUUCGUGCAGGGCCUCGUCUGGAACACCUGGGGCCCCAUCCAGAGCUCGGCCCGCCAGGCCUUCCUCUUCUCCGGCAUGGACAUCGCGCUGCUCGUCUUCUGGGGGCCCAUCGGCUUCGUGCCCUGCUUCGCCUUCAUGUGGCUCAUGGACAAGAAGGGCCUGAGAGUAACUGUGUUGUUAACAUCAUCCCUCAUGGUGUUAGGAGCUGGUCUGAGGUGUGUACCUGUAACAGAUCAAACAACAAGGAAAUGGCUGAUUCAUGGAGGGCAGCUGCUGAAUGGAUUGGCAGGCCCAACCGUAACAAGUGCUGCUCCCUUCCUCUCUACUACGUGGUUUUCACCAGAUGAGCGUGCCACCGCUACAGCUAUAGCAUCAUUGAUUAGUUACUUUGGUGGAGCCUGUGCAUUUUUAGUAGGCCCCUUGGUGGUUCCAGGGCCAAAUGGGUCAUCAACGCUUCCUGUUGCUUCUGAAAGCAGCCCCGAAUAUAUUAAGAACCGCAUUGAGGCUGUGCUGUACGCAGAAUUUGGCAUUGUGGCUUUGAUAUUCUCUGCAGCACUUGCGUACUUCCCAUCACGCCCUCCAUUUCCUCCCAGUGUAGCUGCAGCUAGCCAGAGGCUCAGCUACAGAAGAAGUUUUUGUAGGUUGCUAAGCAAUCCCAGGUUCCUUAUGAUUGCGCUGGCUUAUGCAAUACCAUUGGGUGUUUUCUCUGGUUGGUCUGGAGUUCUUGACUGGAUAUUAACCCCGGCUCAUGUGAGCCAGGUGGAUGCAGGUUGGAUUGGAUUCUGGUCCAUAGUAGGAGGCUGUGUUUUUGGCAUAGCACUAGCAAGAUUUGCAGAUUUCAUCAGAGGAAUGCUGAAACUUAUACUUAUCCUGCUAUUGUCAGGGGCGACUCUAGCAUCCAUCUGGUUCACUUUGACCUGUGUAACCACUGUCAUUCACCUGCCUUUGACUACAGCCACAUUGUAUACAUCCUGCAUUUUGUUGGGAGUCUUCUUGAACAGCAGUGUACCUAUAUUCUUUGAACUUUUUGUGGAAACAGUCUACCCUGUUCCAGAAGGGAUCACCUGUGGCGUAGUCACUUUUCUAAGCAACAUCUUCAUGGGAGUUCUUUUGUUUUUUCUUACUUUUUAUCAUGAAGAAUUCUCUUGGUUCAACUGGUGUCUCCCGGGAUCCUGCCUGCUAAGUCUUCUUCUCAUCUCAUGCUUCAGGGAAUCCUAUGAUAGACUUUAUCUUGAUGUUGUUGUCUCAGUUUGAUGACACAGAGGAGGUCAAUACGAGGAAGGAAUUCAGGAUGGUACUCGACGCAUCUUCUUGGGAAAAUUGCACAGGCGAAAGAAUGCAGCAAGCAAAUUACAGAAUUUUAACACGGACAUUUUAACUGGGUUAUGAAAGAAGGGUUUUUUAAAAAUACUCUGUGAUUUAGUAUUGUAUUAUCUAGUUAACUAUGAGUAUUGUACUUGAAUGGGAAUUAGAUUUUUUUAAAAUAAACACACAACAGAAUGUGUGUUAGGGAAAAGCUCUAAUUUAAGAACUGAUAUUUUCUUUAAUAAGCUAUUUAAUGGUGUAUAUUUUUGUGCCACUUCAAACCACUGUGUACCAAGCAUAAAAUCUCAUUCAAGGAUGGAGUAAGGAAUCUCCAAAUGCCAAAAAAUAAACACACAUUUUUAUUGGUAGCCCAAAAUACUGAAUGAAAAUUCUGAUGCCUACAUAUUUAUUUUCCUUUUUAAGUAACAUUCAACCCUUCAUGGCAGCAAACAGUUACUUCUGGCAAAGGGAUAGCAAAGGCCGGUUUUUUCUUUUUCUGAUUAUAAAUAAUCCAUCUAUUUUAUUUCUAAAAGAGGAAUGCUAGAUGGACACAAAUAACCCUUGUAAAAGCAUAAGAUUUUAAAAUAAGUGUGCUUAAAUGUUGAAUUCCAGAUAUGUCCUCAUAUAUCUCUUGUGCGCUGUAUAUAUUUUCUGAUGAAAAGAUUUCUUGUGUGGUAUGUUUGGUUUUUAACCAUAGUAAAUACCCUUUGGAUAAACACACUUCCAUUUUGUUUCACUACUUGACACUGAAGGAAGUAUUAAUUUUAACCAUAUAGUAAAUUGGUGCUAUAAGACUUAUUCUGUCACUUUUCUGCCAUGGUAUAGAGAUCAAAAAGGGCAUCUCAGUUGUCAGCAUAUGGUAACUUCCAGAUAGGUGCAGGUGUUGUUACAGGUUAGUACUGUACUUUUGCUUGUAUAUUCCCUCUACAAGAAAUUCCUUGGUUUAGCUCUCCCAUCCAACUAUAGCUUUCCCAAACCUGCUUAACUUCUUUUCAGAUUAGCAAUUAACCAGUGCCUCUCUGCUUUUAUUUAACAACUAUUUCAUCAACAGGGGCACUUUUCAGGUAUUUUGUAGCAAAAUGGCAAACCAAGGGGCAAGUUUUAAGAGACACUGAUAGUGCCGCUUGCAUCUCUCCUGCACUGGGCAAAUUUUAUCAUUUGGAUGUUGCAGUUGUUUUUAAUGUCUUUGUUGUUAAUAAAUCUAAAACACGUAGUA